AUGAGUUCAAAUACUGCACACAGUCCCGUGUUCCUGAUAUUUCCUCCAGAGAUCAACAGUCCAGAAUAUAAGUCAUCAGAAUUCACAGCUACGACUUCUGACUCUCAAAACCUCCUGCAAAAAUUUCUUGUUACCAAAAUGAAGAUCUUAGGGGCCAUCCAGAUCCUGCUCGGAAUUAUGAUUUUUUCUUUCGGAGUUAUUUUUGUUUUCCUCUUGAUAAAACCAUACCCAAGGUUUCCCUUUAUAUUUAUUUCUGGAUAUCCAUUCUGGGGCUCUGCUGCGUUCAUUAUCUCUGGAGCCUUCCUAAUUGCAUUGAAAAGAAAAAGCACCAAAACUCUGCUAACCUUGAGCCGUGUGGUGAACAUCGUUAGUGCCGUGGGAGCAACAGCCGGAAUCAUUCUCCUCGUGUUUGGUUUCCUUCUAGAUGGACACUAUAUCUGUGGCUAUUCUCGAGACAGACCUCCAUGUGAGGCGAUUACCAUUCUAUUCACUGGGAGUUUGGCUAUGCUGAUGAUAUUUACCAUUGUUGGAUUAGCCCUCUCUCUGGCUUUCUCAAUUUGGGGAUGCUACUCAGAGGAAGGCUACGAGUAG